AUGACGACGAUGGAUCUCCGCGUCGGUAAUAAGUACCGCAUCGGCCGAAAGAUUGGUUCCGGCUCCUUCGGUGAUAUUUACCUCGGUACCAACAUCAUCUCUGGAGAGGAGAUUGCCAUCAAACUCGAAUCUGUCAAGGCGAAGCAUCCUCAACUUGAAUAUGAGGCCCGUGUUUACAAGUCGCUCGCGGGUGGUGUCGGCAUCCCCUUUGUUCGCUGGUUCGGUACCGAGUGCGACUACAACGCCAUGGUCCUUGAUCUCCUUGGUCCUAGUUUGGAGGAUCUUUUCAACUUUUGCAACCGCAAGUUCUCGUUGAAGACGGUCCUACUCCUAGCCGAUCAACUCAUCUCUCGAAUCGAGUACAUCCACGCCAAGUCUUUUAUCCACCGUGAUAUCAAGCCCGACAACUUUCUCAUGGGCAUCGGCAAGCGAGGCAACCAGGUCAACGUAAUUGAUUUUGGUCUGGCCAAGAAAUAUCGAGACCCCAAAACUCAUUUCCAUAUUCCGUACCGUGAGAACAAGAACUUGACCGGUACUGCGCGAUAUGCGUCCAUCAACACCCAUUUGGGCGUGGAGCAGUCUCGCCGUGAUGACAUGGAAUCCCUGGGCUACGUCAUGCUCUAUUUCUGCCGUGGGUCUCUCCCCUGGCAGGGCCUGAAGGCUGCCACCAAGAAGCAGAAGUAUGACCGCAUCAUGGAGAAGAAGAUGACGACCCCUACCGAGGUGCUGUGCCGUGGCUUCCCCAAUGAGUUUGCCAUUUAUUUGAACUACACCCGUUCUCUUCGAUUUGACGACAAGCCCGACUACAGCUAUCUCCGCAAGAUCUUCCGUGAUCUCUUUGUCCGUGAGGGAUUCCAAUACGACUAUGUCUUCGACUGGACCGUCUACAAGUACCAGAAGAACGCCCAGGCCAUUGCCCAAGCCGCUGGCCAAGCCAAUCCCGAAGAGGAUGAGAAGGCUCGUGCUUCCCGCACCAACGCUGCCACUGCUGGACAGUCUGGUGCUGCCAAGCCGGGUGCCAUUCCCAGCUCUCGACGCAAGAUGCUUGAACGUGGAUCUGGUGCUGGCGUAGACACUCCGGAUACCAACCGUGCAAUCGGCGGAAGCGACAGGAUGUGA